GUUAAAUUUCACAAACGCCUGUUUAAGCACCAUUUUUACGCGCGUCACUCUUUACCGUCUCCCUUCUCCUCAUCUCCUCCCUGGGCUCUCUCAAAUCAGUGAAGAUUGUGGAAGAGCAUCGGCUCCAAUUGGUGAAAAGGAUUAGUGUUCGAAUAAAAGAUGAUUCACUUUGUGCUUCUUAUAAGUCGCCAGGGAAAAGUGAGACUAACAAAAUGGUAUUCACCCUAUUCUCAAAAAGAGCGAUCAAAGAUUAUUCGAGAACUAAGUGGGGUUAUUCUUACUCGAGGGCCAAAACUUUGUAAUUUUGUGGAAUGGAGAGGAUACAAAGUUGUUUAUAAAAGAUAUGCUAGUCUGUACUUCUGCAUGUGCAUAGAUCAGGACGACAACGAACUGGAGAUCCUUGAGAUAAUUCAUCAUUUUGUUGAGAUUCUUGAUCGCUAUUUCGGCAGUGUCUGUGAAUUAGACUUGAUUUUUAACUUUCACAAGGCCUAUUAUAUAUUGGAUGAGAUCUUGAUUGCCGGUGAGCUUCAAGAGUCAAGUAAGAAAACUGUUGCACGGCUAAUAGCUGCACAGGAUUCCUUGGUGGAGACUGCAAAAGAGCAAGCCAGUUCCAUUAGUAAUAUAAUUACACAGGCCACAAAAUAGCCAAACUGUAAGCAUAGGUUUCCUGUUGUAAUUCACUUUAAACUGCAAUCUGUUUCGACUUUCCUCCCUCAGAAUCCACCUGAAGAGCUGAAUGUAAGCAGAUUUGAAUUGUUGGAUUAUAUAGUCGAUUGAUUGUCUGGUUUCUUUACAGUUUUAACCGAUGUAUAAAUUUGUACUUCUCAAGGGGACACGUUAAAUUUUUUGGAAAAACUUUUCUGUUACUCGGAUAGGAUGUAAUAUUCAUGAGACUUGGGGAUCUCAUCCCUUGAGCAGUUUCAGUUUCACUAUAUGAAUUGAUUUGGUUCUUGAAUUUA